UCCGGCUAAUUUACUGCAGGCCUGGACGGCUCGAAGAUGAAUUAAAGAGACGAAAAAUUCAAAAGCGCCAUUAAAGUUCAUUUUUAAUUUUGUUUCUGAUCUACAGUCCCAAUUGAAAGUUGAAAAUUCAAAAACCAGAGUUUUCAUUGAAGUAAUUGUGCCAGGUUAUAUACUUGUAAGUUGUAACCCCUAAUCGAUCAGAAUCAGAACCACCCCAAAAUCUCAAAUGGAACAAAGCUCUUGGCACAGCUGCACAGGGAUUGAUUCAUUGGCGUAGAUGCAGAUGUAAUUUGCUGGACAACUAUGUCAAUCCUUAGUAGAUUCUUUCACAGAAGAGCCCCGGAUGGCUUGCUUGAAUUCGUUGACAGAGUAUAUGUGUUUGACUCUUGCUUUUCAACCGAAGUUUUGCCCGAUGGAUUGUACCAACUUUACUUGCAUGAGACCAUAACAGAAUUACAUGAAGCAUUCCCAGAAUCAUCCUUUCUCGCAUUCAAUUUCCGAGAAGGGGAGAAGCGGAGUCAGUUUGCCGAAAUUUUGUGCGAGUAUGAUGUAACUGUCAUGGAUUAUCCGCGACAGUAUGAGGGUUGCCCCCUGCUGCCACUGUCUUUAAUUCACCAUUUUCUUCGUGUUUGUGAAAGUUGGCUAUCAGGUUGGAACCACCAAAAUGUUGUUCUGCUCCAUUGUGAGAGAGGGGGUUGGCCCCUCUUGGCGUUUCUUUUAUCUAGUUUCUUGAUUUUCAGAAAGUUGCAUAGUGGGGAACGAAAGACUCUUGAAAUUGUCCAUAGAGAGGCUCCUAAAGGUCUGUUACAGCUCUUGUCACCUUUAAAUCCAUUUCCCUCUCAGCUUCGCUACCUCCAAUACGUAUCAAGAAGAAAUAUAUCUCCAGAGUGGCCUCCUCAUGAACGAGCUCUUUCUUUGGAUUGUCUUAUUAUUCGUGCAAUCCCAAGCUAUGACAAUCAAAAUGGGUGUAGGCCACUUAUCCGUAUUUUUGGAAGAAACCUUCUCAGCAAAGGUGGUCUGACCACUCAAAUGUUGUUUUCCACGUCCAAGAAAAAUAGAAGUCUUCGAUACUACCGCCGGAAAGACAGUGACGUUAUCAAGAUUGAUAUUCAGUGUUUGGUGAAAGGGGAUGUUGUGUUGGAGUGUGUCCACUUAGACUUGGAACCUGAAAGAGAAGUUAUGAUGUUUCGUAUCAUGUUCAAUACUGCUUUUAUCCGGUCUAACAUCUUGAUGCUAAAUUCUGAUAACUUGGAUAUAAUGUGGGAUUCAAAGGUGCGCUAUCCAAAGGGAUUUCGAGCAGAGGUUCUGUUUGGCGAGGUUGACAGCAUCUCUCCCCAAAAAGCUCAAACUACAAUCUUAGAUGGUGAGGAGAGAGGUGGAUUGCCCCUUGAAGCUUUUUCUAGGGUUCAAGAACUUUUCAGUGGUAUUGAGUGGGUUGAUAAUGGAGACGAUGCUGCGUUUUGGUUGCUCAAACAACUCUCAGUGCUAAAUGACGCAAAAGAACUGUCAAUGUUGCGGAGUAGAGCAAGUACAUAUUUAUCACCUUUUGAUUCCGAAGAAGAAAAUAACGCGUCUAGCAUAGCUGAUAGCUUGGAUUUUCUGGACGCAGAAAAGGUUAAUAACCUGACAAACACUAGUGCAAUGGGUUUGAAUUUCUUGGAUGAUCCUUUAUCUCAGGAUUCUGCUUCAGAUGAAGUAUCUGAUCCUAAGAUGUCUGCGGAUGCACCAAAGACGCCAGAUAAUGUUGAUUCAAUACCAUCUCCUCUUGAAGGAGUUGUUCAACAGGAUAUGGAUGUGACUUCAACACCUUCAAAUCAAGUUCCAUCUGUAACUGUUGAGGAACAAUCUUCAGUUCCGAGUGAAGAGGGUCCAUCUUUUUCUUCGAUUUUGCCACCAGCACCUCCUUUUUUUGGUACAUAUGCCGUUCCACCUCCUCCGCCUCCACCUCCUCCGCCUUUCCAAAUUAAUUCGACUAGAGGAACUUCACUGCAUCCACCAGCUCUGCCUCCACCUACUACAAAUUCUAGUGGAGGAUCUCCUCCUCCGCCUCCGCCUCCGCCGCUGCCUACUACUACCAGUAGAGGUCUGCCACCCUCGCCUCCACCACCACCUCCUCCGCCUCCUGCUACCAGUAAAGGUCCUCCCCCGCCACCCCCGCCACCUCCCUUGCUGCCUAUUAUCAGUAGAGGUCCUUCUAAGAUGCCUCCUCCGCCGCCGCCUCCUCCUCCGCUUACUAGUAGAAGCCCUCCACCACCUCCACCUCCAACACCCCCACCACCUCCGCCUUUCGUUACAAGUAGCCAUCUUCUGCCACAUCCACCUCCCCCUCCGCCUCCCACUGCAAGUAAAGGUCCUCCUCCACCUCUUUCCUCAAGUAAAGGCCCUCCCCCACCGCCGCCGCCGCCUCCACCUCCUUCUUCAAUCUCUGUUAGGUGUCCCCCGCCUCCGCCACCUCCUCCCCUUUCCUCUUCCUCUAGUCAACCAUCAACACUUGCACCCCCACCCCCUCCGCUGCCAUUGGCACCGCAAUAUGCUGGUGUUGCCACGAAGAAGCCGCCACCACCACCUCCGCCACCUCUUUUAGGUCUCAGCCCUAGCAUUAACGCAAAGCCGCCACCGCCACCACCACCUCCUCCAGGACCCCCUCGACAAUCUUCCAAUCCCUCACCUCCUCCGGAGGCACCAAAGCCUCCCGGGGCCCCCCCUCCACCUCCAAGUCGUGGUUUGGCACCAGGUCCACCUCCACCGCCUGUGGCAAAGGGCUCCAGUGCUCCACCACCACCACCUCCAUCUUCCGGAAGAGGAAAAGCCUCAUCAGGUUCAACAAGUCAUGGAAGGGGGCGAGUUGGUAUAGGUUCUAUUCCUCCUAAGCGAAAUUCAUUGAAGCCAUUACAUUGGGUGAAAGUUACCCGAGCAAUGCAAGGGAGUUUAUGGGCUGACUCUCAAAAACAGGAAAAUCAAACAAAGGCCGCUGAGAUUGAUAUAUCAGAACUUGAAAGUCUGUUUUCAGCUGCUUCUACUUCAGAUGGCGCUGACAAAGGUGGAGGUCGACUUGGUUCUAAAAUCAACAAACCCGAGAAAGUACAAUUGGUUGAUUUGAACAGAGCAAAAAACUGUGAAAUCAUGCUCACUAAAAUAAAAAUUCCGCUUUCGGAUAUGAUUAAUGCUGUUCUUGCUUUGGAUUCUUCGGCCCUGGACAUUGACCAAGUGGAGAAUCUCAUUAAAUUUUGUCCUACAAAAGAAGAGAUGACGAUGCUUAAGAACUACAAUGGGAACAAGGAUAUGCUUGGAAAGUGUGAGCAGUUUUUCCUGGAGCUGAUGAAGGUCCCACGAGUAGAAUCUAAAUUGCGAGUAUUUGCAUUUAGCAUUACUUUUUCCAGUCAGGUGAAUGAAUUAAGAUGUAACCUGGACACAAUAAACGGUGCUGCGAGAGAGGUUAAAGAAUCAGCGAAAUUGCGUCAAGUAAUGCAGACGAUUCUCACUUUGGGAAAUGCAUUGAACCAAGGCACUGCUCGAGGAUCUGCUGUAGGAUUCAAAUUGGACAGCCUACUCAAGCUGUCUGAUACCCGUGCAAGGAACAAUAAAAUGACGUUGAUGCAUUAUUUAUGCAAGAUCCUUGCCGAGAAGUUACCGGAGUUGCUGGAUUUUGAUAAGGAUCUCGGUCAUUUAGAAGCAGCCUCCAAGAUUCAAUUGAAAUCUUUAGCUGAAGAAAUGCAAGCUGUUAGUAAAGGUCUUGAAAAGGUUGAGCAGGAACUCACCGCUUCAGAGAAUGAUGGUGCCAUCUCUGCAGGCUUCCAAAAGGCCUUGAAGAUUUUCCUCGAUACUGCUGAAGCUGAAGUAAGGUCGCUUAUCUCCUUGUACUCUGAAGUGGGAAGAAGUGCAGAUUCGUUGUCUCAGUAUUUUGGGGAGGAUCCUGCGAGGUGCCCUUUUGAACAAGUUACACAGAUUUUGGCCGUCUUCUGUAAGAUGUUCAACAAAGCACGCGACGAGAAUGAGCAGCAGGCAGAUGCUGAAAGAAAGAAACUAGAAAAGGAAGCCAUGAAGGAGCAGGCAGCAGCUAAUUCUGCAAAAAAAGAGGGUGGCGAUGCGGAUCGAACAAAACCUAAUUACCGAAAGCAUUCCCGAUCAAACUCUGUUAAUGAAGCACUAGGAAGCCUCCAUAAUCUCGGGUCAUAGUGGGAGGCUAAGGUUGAUAUGUUCUUGGAAUAUUGCCUUACUUCUGGAGGUUCAUGGUGGGAUUUCGCAGAUGUUUGUAGGAGAAUGCACUUGUUUUGGAAAACAUUCCGAUACGGUCUUGGACAUAUGGUCUUAUUUCCUCUUCUUCCGGCGAAGUCAUAAUCAUGUAUUGCAUCAGUUAUUGGGUAUACAUGCAGUGCUGCGGCAGCUGAUCCUACCCUUUUGGCCGGUGGAAUCUCCUUUACAAUACCAAGUGUAUCCGCUCGGCAGCAUCCCCGGGUCCAUAUUUAGUUGCUCGCUCCAUUGCCAUUUUGUUGGAAGCUUCAUAUGUGCCUUCCCACCCCCAUUUAUCCCAAAUUUGUAGAACUUUUCUCGGAGUAACUCUGAACGUAAAAUACCACUGUCCAAUUGUAUAUAUUCAAACGGAAGAGCAUUUAUACAGAGUUGAGUGCUUGCUCUC